AUGGCCGCCUCCGCGUCCGCCUCCACGUCCCUCUUCGGGCCGUCUGCCCUCACCGCCAGGCUCGGGGCGGGGCGCCCGUCCGGCGGGCCCCGGCGGCGCGUCGACGCGCGCGGCCGCGGCCGCCUCUCGGUGGUGGCCGUGCAGACGGGCCCGCAGAAGCCGUCGCCGUCGCCGUCGCCGUCGUCCCCGGCGGCGGACGAGGCGGAGGCGCUGCAGAACCUGCUCAAGCGGGAGUACAAGUACGGCUUCGUCUCCGACUUCGAGUCCUUCUCCAUCCCCAAGGGCCUCUCCGAGGCCACCGUCCGCCGCAUCUCGGAGCUCAAGGCGGAGCCCGCCUGGAUGCUCGACUUCCGCCUCGCCGCCUACCGCCGCUUCCUCACCAUGGCGGAGCCCACCUGGAGCGACAACGUCUACUCGCCCGUCGACCUCCAGUCCCUGUGCUUCUACUCCGCGCCCAAGACCAAGCCCAAGCUCAACAGCCUCGACGAGGUCGACCCCGAGCUGCUCAAGACCUUCGACCGCCUCGGGAUCCCUCUCGGCGAGCAGAAGCGCCUCUCCAACGUCGCCGUCGACGCCGUCAUCGACUCCACCUCCAUCGCCACCACCCACAGGGAGGCGCUCAUGGCCAAGGGCGUCAUAUUUUGCUCCAUCUCCGAGGCCAUCCGUGAGUACCCGGACCUCAUCAAGCGCUACAUCGGGAGUAUUGUGCCGCCUGGUGACAAUUACUAUGCCGCGCUCAAUUCAGCCGUGUUCAGUGACGGAUCCUUCUGCUAUGUGCCCAAGGACACGGUCUGCCCCAUGGAGAUAUCUACUUACUUCAGAAUCAAUGACAAGGAGACCGGGCAGUUUGAGAGGACUCUGAUUGUGGCUGAUGAGAGGAGCACGGUUAGCUAUUUGGAAGGUUGUACUGCUCCAGCAUAUGACUCCAACCAGCUCCACGCCGCGGUGGUGGAGCUUGUGUGCGAAGAGGGGGCCGAGAUUAAGUACUCCACCGUGCAGAAUUGGUAUGCUGGCGAUGAGGAGGGCAAAGGGGGCAUUUACAAUUUUGUGACCAAGAGGGGGCGGUGCAAGGGGCGUGGCUCGAAAAUCUCAUGGACACAGGUUGAGACAGGGUCAGCAAUCACCUGGAAGUACCCAAGUGUGGAGCUUGUUGGGGACGACACUGUUGGAGAGUUCUACUCCGUAGCGCUGACCAAGGAUUACCAGCAGGCCGAUACAGGGACGAAGAUGAUCCAUAAGGGGAAGAAUUCACGCAGCCGGAUUAUAUCCAAGGGCAUCUCAGCAGGGAAGUCAAGGAAUUGCUACCGUGGGUUGGUCCAGAUGAAUUCAGGUGCAGAGAAUGCUUAUAAUUCUUCGCAGUGUGAUUCAUUGCUGAUUGGGGACAACGCUGCUGCUAACACCUAUCCCACCAUUCAGGUGGGUUGCACUAGUGGCCGUGUUGAGCAUGAGGCAAGCACAUCCAAAAUUGGCGAGGAUCAGCUAUUCUACUUUCAGCAAAGAGGGAUAGAUCAUGAAAAGGCCGUUGCAGCCAUGAUCGGUGGGUUCUGUAGGGCUGUCUUUGAACACCUUCCUUACGAGUUUGCCCAGGAGGUGGAUGCACUUAUGAACCUGAAGCUGGAGGGAUCAGUUGGCUAA